CCGAUGCUUUCCACCUCAGUGUUCGUCCGCUUCCUCCCUCUCCUCCAUCUCCCUCCGCCGCCGCCGCCAGCCCGUCGGUUCUUGAAAUCCAAUCCAGAUCUUCGCGAGGGCGCCGCCAUGAAGCAGCAGCAGCAGCAGCACCAGCUCGAGCAGUGGCUGUCCGCCGGCGGCGGCGUGGGCGGUAUGCUGCGGCCGACCAAGUCGGCGCCCUGCUCGCCCGUCAAGCCCCUGGCGGCGCCGGGGCCAUCGCAGGCGGCCAUGCUGCGGACGCACUCCGACUCCUUCCACGUCGCCCACAAGGUCCCCGUCGGCGACUCGCCCUACGUCCGCGCCAAGCGCGUCCAGCUGGUGGACAAGGACCCCGAGAAGGCGAUCGCGCUGUUCUGGGGCGCCAUCAACGCCGGCGACCGCGUCGACAGCGCGCUCAAGGACAUGGCCAUCGUCAUGAAGCAGCAGAACCGCGCCGAGGAGGCCAUCGAGGCCAUCAAGUCCCUCCGCAGCCGAUGCUCCGACCAGGCGCAGGAGUCGCUCGACAACAUCCUGCUCGACCUCUACAAGAGGUGCGGGCGUCUGGACGACCAGAUCUUGCUGCUCAAGCACAAGCUGCAGCUCAUCCACCAGGGCCACGCCUUCAACGGCAAGCGCACCAAGACGGCGCGCUCCCAGGGCCGCAAGUUCCAGGUCACCCUCGAGCAAGAGGCCACCAGGCUCCUCGGCAACCUGGGGUGGGCGCUGAUGCAGAAGGAGAACUACACGGAGGCGGAGGGGGCAUACCGGCGGGCGCUGAUCAUCGGCCCGGACAACAACAAGAUGUGCAACUUGGGCAUCUGCCUCAUGAAGCAGGGCCGGGUGCACGAGGCCAAGGACGUGCUCAAGCAGGUGCGCCCCGCCGGCGUCGACGGCCUCCGCGGCGCCGACUCCCACCUCAAGGCCUACGAGCGUGCGCAGGAGAUGCUCCGGGACCUCGAGGUCAAGCUCGUCGGACGCCCCGGAUGGGAGCAGCUCGCCGUCGACAAGAACUGGCUCUUCGACGCCCUGCGAAUGGGCUCCUCCUCCAGCAUCUGGCAGCCGCAGCCCUGCAUCGACCACCUCAUGCCCCCGCAGCCACGCGCCGGCGACCAGUUCGCCGACGAGAACGCCGCGAGCAAGAAGAUGGCGCCGCCGCCGCCGCAGCAGCAGCAGCAGCUGCUGCAGCCCAACCUCAACAUCGACGCGCGGCCAUUCUACUCGCACCGGAUGCCGCCACUGGCCGCCAAGCCGCAGCCGCAGAACGCGCCGCGCCAACAGCAGCUGCUGCAGCAGCAGAAGGCCCCGGCUCAGAUGCAUCACGAUCCCAUGGGCAACCUGAAGAGGACGAGGUCCGGCACCGCCAUGGACAAGGCAGCUGCGGCAGCCGUCGGGGAGAAGACCAAGGAGCAGAGCAGCAACAACGAGGCUGACAAGGACGUCAACGGCGGCAGGCGGAAGUCGCUCACCGCCGAGGAAAGGUGGCCGGAGCUGCCAGACCACAGCGCGUUCGACGAGGCCCUCGUCGCGUCGGUCAUCGCCCCUAUCCUGGACGAUGACGAGAACUGCAACAAAAACGCCAAGCCGGUGGCGGCGCCGUCCGCAGCGAGCUGCUGCGACACGAGCCCGGCGGCGCUGAAGGAGAAGGUGGGGAAGAGGCUGAGGAUCUUCCAGGACAUCACACAGACACUCAACGCUCUCUGAUCGAAGGUGGCGAGUUCGUAUUGGUUUUCCGUUUUUGUUGCUCACACAACCGACUGAAGGAGGUGACAGACGCUGCGAAGGAAGGAGAUGUGCUUGUUCUCCUGGAGGAUUCUGCGUCGCCGUUUAAGUUAAACUUUAAUCAAACUAGCUACUAGCUAGGGCUCGAUCCAUGGUGAUACAAUUUGUUUUUCUUAGUUUGCUGCUGAUUCAUUGAUUUAUUUUUUUAACAUAGCCAAAAUAACAGCUGAUCAUUUGUUCACCAUUUGGGUUCAGCUUCACACUUGCAGCAGGAGUGUGUUUUACCUGUAACAGAAGUUGAUUUUGUAAUCACUUCAGAAAUCAAUAUGUAAUCACUUCAGAAAUAACAAAAGUUACUUGCUUCA